AUGGCAAUGACAUGCUCUCUCUCCCGAACCCUUCAGUACAAGCCAUCAAAUGUGUUAAAAAUCAGCUCAUCUUCAAAAAUUGAUAAAACGAAACCAAAUAUCACUCAAAUCCCAACCAAGAAGCGUUGCUUGAGGUGCAAUACUCUUUAUUUUGACAAAGAUAACUCCCCAGCUGCCUGCUCUUUCCAUGGCCACACCACAGGGGAGAAGGGGUUAUUUGCUCUGGCUCCACCACACCAGGGUAUUGACGGCGAGUGGAGUGACCGCUCUGGAGUGAUCGUGUAUAAAUGGAAUGACAAGAAUAAUAGACCAAAUACUGGAAGUGUUAAUUGGAAGAAAAGAUGGAGUUGCUGUGCUGAGUAUGAUGAAAAUGCUCCACCCUGUAGACGUGGGUGGCAUGUUUCAUAUGAUGAUGACUUUACUUUGUAUUAG